AAGUGGAGGAGGAGGAGGAGAAAAGGGAGGAAGGAGAAGGAAGAGAGAGAGAGGGAGGGAGGAAGAGGCGCCUUUCUUUCCCCCUCAGUUGGGUUGAGGAGGAGGAGGGAGAGAGGGAAGGAGGAGGCAAGGGGGCGUCUGCAGAGGGAGGGAGCCUCCCUUUCCUCCUCCUCCUCCUCCCCCUCCUGCUCGCCUUCCUCUCCGCCGAGGCCCAGGAGGAGGGAGCCCGGAGCUGCAUCCCCUCCGCCGGGGGCCACUCGCCAUGGCCACCAAGGCUCGGGUUAUGUAUGAUUUUGCUGCGGAACCUGGAAAUAAUGAGUUGACAGUUAAUGAAGGAGAAAUAAUCACAAUUACCAAUCCAGAUGUAGGUGGAGGCUGGCUAGAAGGCAAAAACAGCCAAGGAGAACGGGGAUUGGUUCCAACAGAUUAUGUUGAAAUUCUACAUGAAAGUGCCAAAGAUGGAAUAUCAGUAGCUGACCAAGCCUUUUUUGACUGCCUCUCCACAAGUACUGCCCAGAGUAAUUCACAAGUUGCAAAAAACCCCAGUCAAGUGGAUUUUCUGGCUUCUGCCAAUCAUACAGCUAUUUUGGAAAUUUUUCCACAUUCUCCACCUUCAACUCCUUCUACGAGAAAGGCUUCUAGCAAUGCAAGUGACCCCUGGUCAAACUGGGACAACGCAACAGCUGGUGAUGGCUGGGCAUCCAAACCUGAAGCUAAGCAGAAAAAUAGUACUACAAACAACUGGGAUGCGGCAGCAUUUGGUCACCCGCAAGCUUACCAAGGUCCAGCAGCAGCUGAUGACGAUGAUUGGGAUGAUGACUGGGAUGACCCUAAAUCGGCAGCUGCACCCUAUCCUGGCUAUAAAGAGACAGAACCUACUGACCCAACAGGACUCCAGCGUGGAAAUAACCGAGGGGCUGCUAUGAAAUUGCCACUAAACAAAUUUCCUGGAUUUGCAAAACCUGGAGUGGAACAGUACCUGUUGGCAAAGCAACUAACAAAACCCAAAGAAAAAAUACCUAUAAUUAUUGGAGAUUAUGGUCCCAUGUGGGUUUAUCCUACCUCUACAUUUGAUUGUGUUGUGGCUGACCCCAAAAAAGGUUCUAAAAUGUAUGGUCUUAAGAGCUACAUCGAAUAUCAGCUCACAUGUACAAACACUAAUCGAUCUGUCAACCACAGAUACAAACACUUUGACUGGUUAUAUGAGCGACUCUUGAUUAAAUUUGGAUCAGCCAUUCCAAUUCCAUCACUUCCAGACAAGCAAGUUACAGGGCGUUUUGAGGAAGAAUUCAUCAAGAUGCGGAUGGAAAGGCUACAAGGUUGGAUGACCAGGAUGUGUCGUCAUCCAGUUGUUUCAGAAAGUGAACUUUUUCAACAGUUCCUUAGCUUUCGUGAUGAAAAGGAAUGGAAAACGGGUAAGAGGAAGGCAGAAAAAGAUGAGAUUGUGGGUGUUAUGGUCUUUUCUACUAUGGAACCAGAAGGUCCUGACUUGGAUAUGAUAGAAAUUGAACAGAAAUGUGAUGCAGUUGGCAGGUUCACCAAAGCUAUGGAUGAUGGCGUUAAGGAAUUGUUGACAGUCGGCCAUGAACACUGGAAACGUUGUACAGGACCAUUACCGAAGGAAUAUCAGAAAAUAGGAAAAGCUUUACAGGGUUUAGCCCUGGUUUUCAGUACCAGCGGGUACCAAGGUGAAACUGACCUCAAUGAAGCAAUUACAGAAGCAGGAAAAACAUAUGAAGAAAUUGCCAGUCUUGUGGCAGAACAGCCAAAGAAGGAUCUUCAUUUUCUAAUGGAAACAAAUCAUGAAUACAAAGGAUUUCUUGGUUGCUUCCCUGAUAUCAUAGCUGCUCAUAAGGGAGCCAUAGAAAAGGUGAAGGAAAGCGAUAAAUUAGUUGCUACCAGCAAAAUUACUCCACAGGAUAAGCACAACAUGCAGAAACGCUCAAGCACAAUGUCAUAUGCACUACAAGCUGAGAUGAAUCAUUUUCACAGUAACCGAAUUUAUGAUUACAAUAGUGUGAUGCGCUUGUAUUUGGAGCAGCAAGCACAAUUCUAUGAAACGAUUGCACAGAAGCUGAGGCAGGCUCUCGGCCGUUUUCCAGUGAUGUAGAUAAUGGAUAAUGAAGGGAAAAAAAACUCCAAAGUGCUUUCCUGAUUUUUGGUGGGGGCAGUGCAAAUACAAGAUGCCUUUGCCAUCUAAAAAAAAAAAAGCCUUUAAAAAACAAGAUGCAAAAAAAGUGAAAACUUGAGAUGUUUACUUUCUUAGCCUAAAUGCCUUGGAUAUUUAUGUAUAUUUUUUAUCCUGAGUGCUUUCCCUUUCUGUUAUGUCUAAGCCAAACUGGAAUGUGAUAUGAUAGAGCUCUGAAUUGCCAAAUGGGUUACAAAAAGAUACAUGCUUCUAAACUCUUGAAAAGUAUUCAGUGCCAUCCGGUUAGAAAUGAUUGAUGUGUUAAGAGGUGUAAAUCGGUUUUUUUCCCUUAAGAGUAAUUUCAUUUAUCCGGUUGACAAACCAUUUGGUAGCAGCCAAGUAAAAUUUUGAUUACAGUUUUGCUGCUGAGCAAAGCUUCAGUCUUUCUCUGAUAAAGCCAUUUCAUUCAAAUUCUGUAAUAUAUAUAUAUAUCCCCCUUCUGAAGUCAUUUAAUAUUCUGUCCUUGUAACAUUGAUGCCUCAAAGCUUGCCUAGCUGUAUAGGAAAGAAGGUUGGACUUUGGAAAUGUUGGCCAUUCCAAAUAUCUGGAGAAUAUUGCCUUGUCAGUUAACUCUAAAAGCCAUGCGCCUUCUGCUCCUUUCCAGUGAUAGUUAAUACUGUGUAUUCUUAGGAGCUUUCACCGUGUCUUCAACAAAUGUCGCUCGUGUUUGAUCAUCACUUGACACAAUAGAAAAUGUACUAAGGUCACUUUUGUGGUGUAGGUCCUUAUAUAAUAGCCUGCUUUGACCCAGCAUUUAAAACACUUGACCACAUAAUGGCCAAGAGCAGCAGUCUGUUUUCCAUAACAAACAGCCAUUCAUGUGUCAGCAAACAAGGUCAAGGAAACAGCUAGUUUCAAAAUAGUACAUUCAGGACCAGGUGUGAGACCACUUUCAUCAUAUACUUGGAGUGACAUGUAAAAAGGCUGAACUGUUAAGAAGAUUGAACUGACAGUGGAGCUGUUGCCAAAAACAGACCAUAGUGCCAUGUAGGAAUUUCAGUCACCGUGAACAGAAUGCUCCCAUCUAAUAUAUCCAUUUCCCGGGAUGGGUAUAUUAAGUUCUACUGAUUUAUGUGCUAUUGCCACUUGCCUCUGUUUAAUAACUUACAAUAAAAAAGAAUCCAGGCCAAUAUAAAUGCAGUGUCAACCUGGCUCCAAAUGCUUUUUCAAGUUUUCAAUUAUAUUUUUUUACACACUUUCUUAUCUUUUAGUUUGCCAUCCAAAAUUCCAUCAAGUGUUAUAAUAGCCAUGAAAUAUUUGUACAAAUUGUAAAGAAUAUGUAUAAAUGUUUUACACCAAAUGUAAUGAAAUCUAUCUUGCAUGUAGAAGCCAUUUUUUUGAAGUUACUGCAAAAUGUAUAGUAAAUUGAAAGGCACUUUUUUUCAAAGCACCACUUUUUUCAGCAUUUUGUAUAUUCACUUUUUUGUCUCAGAAUCUUUGUAACUUGGUUCUCUGGGAAUUUCUUUUUACCAAAUUUUGAGUUAAUCCUGAUGACAUAAAAGUUGCAGAUAGCAUCUUAAACAGGCAAACAGGGAACAGAAGUACAGAAGAGAUGGUUACAAAAUUGGAAUAGGCAGAUCUGUAACUUUCUGGCAAAUUAAGUCUUCAAAUUGAUAAUAAAUAUUUAUACAUAAAA